CGGGUAGGAUACCUCCAGCCCUCUGUAGGGAUAUGAGCUGCUCGGCGACGUAGGACUGCAGUAGUUAUAACUUUAAUAUGGCCGAUAAAGGUCCUUUUUUAACUUCAUGUAUAAUUUUCUACUUAUCGAUUGGGGCCGCAAUAUUCCAGCUUCUCGAGGAGACAAACUGGAAAUCGGUCAAAGACCAAUACAUCCAAAAGAAGGCAAACGUUUUAACGAAGUAUGCCUGCUUAACAAAAGAAGGUCUGGAUGAGAUUUUGGAGAUGGUGUCGGAGACUGCAGGUCAAGGUGUGACCAUCACAGGGGACAAACAUCGCAGCACGUGGGACUGGGAAAACUCUGUCAUCUUUGCUGCCACCAUUGUCACCACUAUAGGUUAUGGCAAUGUUGCUCCGAAAACUAAAAGCGGUCGUGUGUUCUGCAUCCUGUAUGGUCUGUGUGGGAUCCCCCUGUGUCUGGUAUGGAUAAGCGAACUGGGUUCAUUCUUUGGAGACAGAGCCAAACGUCUCUCCCAGGUUCUGAUUCGUAAAGGUGUUUCAGUGAAAAAGGUACAAUUUGCCUGUACAGCUGUAUUCCUGUUAUGGGGUCUGCUGGUGCACCUGGUGAUCCCUCCAUUUGUUUUCAUGUCUAUGGAAGGAUGGAGCUACCUGGAAGGCAUCUACUUUUCUUUUAUCACACUCACAACAGUGGGUUUUGGAGACUAUGUAGCAGGUGUAAAUCCAAGCAUAGAAUACCCCAGAUUGUACGGAGUGUUUGUAGAGUUAUGGAUUUACAUGGGCCUGGCAUGGCUGUCUCUGUUCUUCAGCUGGAACGUCCACAUGGUGGUGGAAGCUCAUAAGGUGCUGAAGAAAAGAAGACAUAGGCACAGACACCUCCAUGAUGAGGAACCCCAGCCUGUAGAGGACAAGCACAACCCAGAUGUAAAGCCGUCUGUCAUCGACAUUUUCAACUUCCUGUCUGAGGAGGAGCAGGACUACAGCACCGUCAUCAAGGAGAUUGGAAUCACGGCAAGAAAAAGAAAGCCUCCAGAUAACAUAAAUCGCUCUAAGAGUUGCAGCGACAUCUUGGACAUCCAGGUGUUGGAUCACUCACCACGUCACAGACGCAUGAUCAGUAUCAGUGAGGUGUUCAUGAACGCAAUGGCUGACGUGAACAAAGGUGAUCUAGAGGAGGAGCGCUCUCUAAUACAAGAAAGCAAUGGAGACCUUGAACAUGCAGGAUGUGUGAGGACCGGUAAUGUGGAGAACAAGGACAGCUGUGCAUUCGAUGCAGAAAAUGAGGGUAUCACCUUCACUGUACCUGUCAAAGAUGCUACAGAAGAACAAAGUGUGCAGCACCCUGAUGGAAGGGAGACAAGGUUUACAAUAACCAAGAUAAAUGAAAAUUUGUUAAUGGGCAAAGAUGAAAAAGGGUAAAAACAUUCUUUCAAAAACUUCCUUCACCUUUACCAAACUUGCAGAAGCAGUCAGACUGAUUUGGGGGAAGCGGUUUUAAAAUAUCAUAAAUACUCUUAUGCAUCAAGGGUACCUACUGCAUUAUGUGGAAAUGAUAACUACAUAUAUCUGUGCAAAUUAAGGCUUACUUUUAAACAGUCCUGUGCAUUACAGUGGCAUUAUUUUAUACAAAGUUCCAAUUAUUACCUGAACAAAGUGAGCCAGUGUAUGUAUCAGGUAAAAAAUAGUUCUCUUCUUUUUAGAAACAGUGAAUAAAGAUUUUAUUUUUAAUUUUCUGGUUCCAUAUCCAUCCAAAUAUUUGGUUACAACAUUUCUAGACUGAAACAGUAGGGACCAUAGAUAGAGAAUAGAAUAGAAUACACAGAUUAUUUCAAAUCACAGCACAGGGCUUUAUGGAAGAUAGAGCCAAUGAGCAACUUUCUCUCAUAGGGCGCUGCUACAGUGGAGGCCAUUAUCACAUGGCCGUUAUCAGUGUACUCCUGGCUCACCACUGGCUGCUCUGAGUGAAUGUUCUUGAUACGAAUAACCUGGGGGAAACACAAAUACAAUUAUCAGGCAAAUUCAAACAAUAAUGAACACAUAUAUAACAUAUAUCAUUUCAAAAUAAAGAGCACUGACCUCAGAGCCAGGUGGGUCUUUAAGGUCAAACUCUGACAGUUUCAUGCCAUUUGGAUGACAGCCCAGCCAUACGUCACCUGUCCUGUGGUCCACCUCGAUGUUAUCACAAAGUGACCCAACAGCUACAGACUGUUUGGAAAUGAGAGUUAAUCACGUACAAAUAUUGUUUCUAGGAUUAAGUCGUGAAAAAGCACAGCAUUAGUGACAGUUCAGCAUUUUGGGAGAUACACUUAACUGCCGAAAGUUAGAUGCUCAAAGCUUGUGUUUGUAUAUUAAAUAUGAAGCUUAAGCAAGUAUGCAGUCACCUUAGUUUAGCAUAAAGACUGGAAACUGAGGUAAACAGCUAGCCUGGCACUGUCCAAAUGCAACAAAGUCCACUUACCAACAACUCUGUAGCUCACUUGUUAAAACAUCUCGUUUGUGUAAUCUGCACAAGAAGUGAAAAAAAAAAAAGAAACAAUUCUGGGUUUCCAGCCUUCAUGCUAAUGUAAGCAGCUGCUGACAGUAUCUGAGUGAUACAGAUCUCCUUAUCUUGCUCUGCUAAAAAAAAAAAAAGGGGAAAGGUUUAUUUCCCAAAAUGCUGAACUAAU